AAAAAAAAAAAAAAAUUACUCUAUAUUUUAAUAAUAAUAAUAAUUAGCUCGUUAUAGUUCAUUAUUUGUUGUAUCAUUUGGAUUAGGUUUACAAGGUAAAUCUUAUUUCUAUCAAUAUAUAACAAUAACACACACAUGUAUAUAUAUAUUGAAUCAUAUGUUAUCUGCGUUAUUGUAGCUCCUCCAAAUAUUGGAUGGUCAGCUAUUAAUUUUGAUAAACUUGAAAUCCGAGUAAUUGCUGUUGCAGUAGUAGUGAUGAUAGGCAAUACAGGAGGUAUUGUAGCCUCCUAUCUUUAUCCUAUAUCAAGUGGUCCGAAUUAUUGUAAGUGUCCCCUUUAUUACUGUAGUCUUCUACUCACUUGUUUGUAUAUGCAUAUAUAUUAUUUUCUUCUAAACACUUAUAAACAAAGAUUUUGGAAAUAUAUUUAAUUUGUGCUGCGCAAUCAUGGGGGCUCUUACAGCUGCAUUGACAAGCUAUCUUUUGUUUAGACAAAACCAAAGUUUAUUUUCUUAUGAAAAAGGAUAUCAAGAAGUUAGUAUUAAAAAAUAAUCUUACUUUUUUUUAAAUAAUACUAACAAG